AUGAUGAGACUGGAAACUCUGAAUACUAUAGCCGCUUUGAACGCUGCAGCAGUAACAGCAGCGAAUGCUGAGAAAAUUGGAAAUAAACGGGUUUACUACUGCCAACGGUGUUUGAAUCAUAAUCGGUUGGAACCAAGAAAGAAUCAUAAAUGUGAUUGUUUAUAUGCAACCUGUACCUGUAAUAAAUGUAUUCUGGUUGAAAAACGACGUGUUUUGAAUACACAGCUGCAUGAAUUGGAAGAUGUUUUUGAUGGCGAUAAUGAUGGUGAAAACGAUGAACAACUGUCGGUAACAUCAAGAAAUAAAGGAGGUAUGCUCAAGUUUAAAAAAGAUCGUUAUUUCAUGUGUUUGCCUACUAUUACCCAUCAGUUUAUUUGCGGCGGAGAUAUUUCUGUAAGGCAAAAAGAAAAGAACUGUUCCUGUAAAAUGGAAAUGAGAACUGUUUUUUCUUUCUUUUGGGAUAAACAACGGAAGAAAAAGGAGAGAUAA